AUGUGAAUUGGAGCUAUAGAAAUAAACUGAAUAGAAUAGAAUCUAUACAAUUAAAGAUUUCACUUUCUGAAAUUGACAAUUUGAAUUUGUUGUGAUGUCCCUUUUUCUUUGAAUUUAGAGGAUAAGAUGAGGAGGUGGUGUUUCCUCCCGGUUCGCGCGCAAACAGGAGCUUAUUUCCCGGGAAUUUUCGAGAUAAAAGGAAGCAGACAGGAAGUCUGACAUUUGAGAAUUUGUACUAUUAUUCUCUGAAAGCCAAAAUGGCGUCACGGCCAAGGCAGCACAUGUGGGCGGGGAAAUGUCGCUGCGCCUCUAUUCGGCUAUUUUCGGCCUGUGUCGGAAAACAUGCGGAGCUGCAGCAGAAGCAGCGGGCGACGUGGAGAGCGAAGCCGCGAGAGGAGCAGCGCGACCGGGGGAAGAUUCCAAGCAGUGAGCGGUCAGCGGGGAUCGGGCGGGGGGGUCUGAACAGAAGAAUGAGAGAAGCCCCCACCCGGACGGGCCGACAACAUGAACGGGGCCGUGUACAUUUCGUUUUUCCAGGGCCAGCUGGAGUCCGUGCUGGAGCAGGUCGUUCAGCUUGCCGUCCAGGAAAUCAGCAAGUCGACCAGCUGAAGUCCGUCAUGGAGCAGGUUCUGGCCUUCGCUCUGCGGGAGCUGACCAAGAUCGUGGAGGCGUCGUUCGACGACCUGCUGCUGGAGAUCACCAAGAUGGAGAAGGAGCAGCAGAUGCUGGAGGAGCAGCUGGAGAGGGGCUCCGAGCGAGGGGGGGGAGGGGGCAGGAGGCGGGGCUCCGUCAACGACUCGGAGUCGCCCAGCGGGUCCGAGGACACCAGGGAGGAACCGGCCGAGGAGUCCAAAGAGGCGGCGCCAACGGAUGGCUCAGGGCGGCCCCCCAACCCCCCCGCACCCCAGGACUGGGUUCCCAUCCUGGACAAGGUGUUCGGUCAGAAAUGGAGCAGCGACGUUUGGCCAAUGAAAGGCGAAGGCGUAGACGGCUGCAGCGAUGGGCGGGGCCUGAUGGAGAGGGGGGGCAGGCACGCUGACCUCGUCUCCUCCUCCUCAGUUAUCCUACAGCCCUCCCCCUCCUCCCCCCAGCAGGAUCCCCGCUGGACCCCCCUGGAGGACAUGGAGGUGUUUUCUCCUGACGACCAAGAAGCUGCAGACAGUCAGACGGACGCCGCCGCGGCCCCUCCCACACCGGGACCCCCCCUCAGCCCCUCAGGUCGUCGCUCCUCCGCCUCCAUGCUUCAUCGCCUCCUCACGCUGCCCUCUCAGCUGCUGGGCGACGACGAAGACGCCGCUGCCAAGGAGACGCUGAUCGCCUUGGCGACCAACGGCAGCAGCGACCAGCAGGAAGACUCCGAGCCCCCCGAUCGGGUCAGGGCGGCGGAGGAGGACGAAGAGGAGGAGGAAGAAGAGGAGGAUGGGGACAAAGGCAGGAAGAAGAAGCGGCGGCGGGUCUGGUCUGAAUGUGAGGAGUGUGGUCGCAGGUUCAGUCGGAUGUCCCUCCUGAAGGCUCACCGCCAAACGCACGCUGCCAGCGAUGCAGCCGGCGCCGACCCGUCCUCGGCUCCGGGGCCCGGCGCCGCCUCACCGCUGCGCUGCUCCGAAUGUGGCAAGAGGUUCUCCUCCAACACCCGCCUGCACAGCCACAUGCGGACUCAGCACCCAGAGAGCCGGUCCUGAGGCCGCAGGCCCGGUCCGGCCCGGACCGAGGGGGAGCCGGCUUUUAUUCUGAAAGGCAGCAGGAAGCGGGAUCACUGAGGCCCAUUUUACCUCAGAAUCAGAGUCCAGUUCUGGUUCUAAUAUGGAAACUGAAAACCAGAGUUCUUCACAGACAGAAGGCAGUUUUUAAAAUCAGAUCAGAAGAAAAGACUUCAGGGAACCAGAACCAGAGUUCCAAACCCGUGGAGACCAGUUACAGAGCUGCAGCUAUGGAUCCUUCAGGUAACGGAGGACCCAACCACAACUCUGCGGGUUUUUGUCCCCGUCUCGCUUUUCUGAUGAAGUAACAAAAUGAAACGAGGUCCAGAGAAGUUCCGGCCCAGAACCACUGGAGGAGGUUUGAACUACGGGUUUUACUUGAAAUCUGAGCCGAUGAGAAGAUUUUGGGUCUGCAGGAACUUUUUUUAAAGAUGGUACCGGUCAGUCGUUCCGCUUCUAAUGAACGGACCAGAACCGGACCCAGAAAACCGAGGGGAUGAAGGGAAACCGCCCUCCUCCUCCUCUGCUCUUCCUCUUUGUGUGUAGGUUAGUCCUCCUGGGGAACAGGAAGUGACCUCAGACUGAGGCUUCCUGGCGGGUUUCUCCUCAUGUUGGAUCAGAACCGGGUUUUCUAAGUGUCCUUUUUGUUGAACCACCACAUUCUUCCUCCUCCUUCACUGCCUGGGUCGGCGCUCUGUGGUUCUGGACCAUCUUUGGGGAACUUCAGGAACUUGUCGGGUCGGUGGCUUCGUUUGUUCGGAAUCCAGUCCUCUGCUUCCUCGCACGGCGGCCAUGUUGUUUACAGUUGUUAAGCCGCAGGCGGACGAACCCGACCCGACCCGGUCCGUCUGGAACAGGCAACCAGACGGAGGCCCGUUACUGCCAGGAAGAACGUUGACCUUUUUCAUCUCACCCUGAUUAUUCAUUGUCAAGAUUUAUGGAGCUAAAUUUGGGCCAUAAAGUUUGAUCAAAAACACAUUUUUUAAACAAAAAACGUUUUACUGUAUUUUCCGGACUAUAAGUCGCUAUUUUUUUCCAUGAUUUGAACCAUAAGAAGGUGCAACUGCCAGAAGGGGAAGUCAAAGUUAAAAACGGAAGAAUAAGGGGCUAAUUUUCAUUUAGCACAAGAUGCUAGCAGGUAGCAUGGCGCAGAAUAAAUUCACACAUUUUUACAUUUAUUUUCCGCAUUAAAGUUGCUGAACCAAUAAAGAGACUGAGCUCAACUCCUGCAGAGCUGAAAUAAAGAGCUGAUGAAGCUCCGUCUUUCAGGAGAAGCUCUUACUGCUGCGAGCUAACAAGCUAAUGGGAGCUAGCAUUUUUCUUCCUCCCUACUCCGGGGGCUAUAUGUAGAGCUCCCCCUACAGGUUUGGUGGAAGACAGUUCAGUAGAUAUCAGCAGCUUAUAGCGCGGUGAGCUUAUAGCUAGAUGCGCUCUGUAGUCUGGAAAAUA